AUGGCUCCCUUGGCACAACAUCACCAUCAGGACAUCCGGCUGAUAGCAGAGUCUCUCGGCAGUAGUGACUGCAAGAAGCUCUUCUACCUUUGCGAGAGGUUUGAAACGGACAGCAGCGUGACUUCUGUGAUGGAGUUGCUUAAAUCUAAAGUGGAGGAGCAUGGAAACUAUCCCUCCUAUCUUCUGGAGCUCAUGUGGCACCUGGAACGCUUCGAUAUCAUCAAGAGGGUAUUUAAAGUCAGCAGAAAUGAGGUGGAGCAGACUCUGAAAUACAGACAAGUUCUCUCAAAGUUCAGAGUAUUGAUGACUAAUGUAAGCGAGGAAGUGGUCAAAGAAGAUCUGGAGCAAAUUAAAUUCCUGCUAGGAGGACAGUUGUCCCGUGAAAAGAUAAAGACAGCAAAGGGUUUCCUUGAUGUGCUCAUUGAACUUGAGAAGCAGGAUUUAGUUUCGCCAGAAAGAGUUGACUUUGUCAUGAAAUGUUUCACGGACAUCGGCAGGCUUGAUUUAGCCAAAAAAGUCGCAGCUUACAAGACUUCAGGUCAUCAGACAAGGCCAACUCCAUCACAUAGGCACAAGGAGUGUGGCAUCACCUGUAUGCAGAGAGCUGAGAACUAGGAGUCCACCAGAGCUGUACAAGUUUAACUCUAAUCCCAGAGGACUUUGUGUGAUUAUAGACUGUGUGGGCAAUGAUGGAGUAUUGUUAGAACAGACAUUCAAGGCUUUUCACUUCAGAGUUGUCGUCCACCGGUGGCUGAGUGCCAACGACACCUUUUCGGCCCUCAAAAGGAUAUCUCUUCAGAGGGAAAACCACGCCGGGGAUGGCUUUGUCUGCUGCAUCAUCAGCCGGGGUACGGUCGAUCAUCUCCUGGGCACAGACAUGUAUGGAUGCGGCGUACCCGUAAAAAGCAUCAGGGGCCUUUUCACAGCUGAUGCUUGUCCCACUCUCGCCGGCAAGCCAAAGCUGUUCUUCAUCCAGAGGUACAGCAUCCCAGGGUUGACAACCGGUGCCCAUUGGGGCGGGCGACUGGAGACAGAUGGCUGCGAUAGCCUGCCAGUGGUUGAUGAGAUCCCUGCAGCUGCAGAUGUGUUCUGGAGUCACUGCUGGACCAGUGAACAUCAACUACUACAAGAAAAGAAUCAUUCCGUUUAUCUUAAGGCUCUGACAGAUGCCUUACACAAAGCCCAGAAAAGGAAAACUCAUCUUUUGGACGUUCACACGGAGGUGAAUGGAGCCAUCUUCGAGCAUAACAGCAGAAAUCCUGGGGCAGAUUAUCACAUUGAU